AUGGCGCGGCCACCCUCCACUCCGACCGCCACUACUGCCCGGAAUAGUAACCUGUCGCAGUUCCACGGAGACCCACCUUUUUGGGCCGGGACCGCAAGAGUCUCAACCCCCAUGACUCCCCUCCCUGCUGGUCUACAGCAAUCGCAGCAGUCCUUCCUCAUGCCUCCCAGUCCAUCCAGGGGUCGCCGUAGCAGUACGGACUACCGUCCCAGUAUCCGAAAGGCGUUGGGCCAUGUACCUGCAUGCUUGGUCAAUGCCUCGGUGACGUAUUGCAACGACGAUCAAAUCUACGCCUUUGGUGGGUUCGACCAGUAUACAGACGAAGGCCACACUGCGACCCUAUACCAAGGAAACAAGCUCAUCGUAUUCGGAGGAGAAAAUGAACAUCGGGAAUAUCUCUCUGACGUCGUCAUCCUGGAUAUUCAGACUUCGACAUGGACACAGCCCGAGAUCCGAGGACCCAUUCCACGAGGUAGAGCCCGUCAUGCCGCCGUGAUCUAUGAUGAAAAGCUUUUCAUCAUGGGCGGUGUCACCGGAGAAAACAAUAUCAUCCUCGACGACCUGUCCUACCUGGAUUUGAAGACCUGGACGUGGUCCCGAACCUGGAGAUUCACCGCUCGGUUUGACCAUACCGCUUGGGUUUGGGGUGGUCGUCUAUGGAUUUUUGGUGGUUUGGAUCCCGAUAUGGAACGGACGACAGACAUCUGGUGGUUAGACCUCAAAGGGCUCCCCGCUCUUGGGACGACAGCUUCGCAAGGUACCGUGGACUCCCCUGCGACAACCAGCACCAUUACUCAUAGUCCAGAUGGAUUGUUUAGUAGCCCAGCACAACCGCUCUCCGGCCGGUCCGGUAGCUACGCGGCCAAUUCCGGAAGUGUACAGGUUCGCAACUCCAGCCGUCGGAAGCCGCUAGCCCCCGGAGCCAUCUCUUGUCUACGCUUCACAUCCGGCCCGCACGUCCCUGCACUGUUCUCAGGAACGCAUUUCCAUGCCUAUGCGUCGGGGGUCUUGCUUGAUCUGAUCACUCCGUCGGAGACAGUGCGUACCUACGAAUGCAACCUUUCGUCCUUGGAACUGGAUACGUUACGUUGGCAGCGGCUGGCAGAUGGGCAGGAGAUCUUCAAACCAGGGUUCCGAUGGCAUUAUUGCACAGUCAAUGAGAGCGGUACCAAAGCCUGGCUUUUAGGAUGUAGCCUGGAUGCUGGGGCUACACCAGGCAGCGGCGAUGAGAACCACAUGAGCGAAGUCCUUUGCAUCGACCUCGAAAAGUAUGGUUUGCUCGGAAAUGACAUGACGUCGCUUUCCCCUAAUUCGACCCGAGCCUCGGUGUCCGAACAGUCUGGACUUUCUUUUCUGUCUGGCCUUGGUGCCGAUCUAUCCUCGGUCUUCGAUCAGCCUCCUGAGUCCGGCAGUGAGGCUGAUUUCAUCAUUACUGCCAACCCUGAUGACCUGGGCGAGGCCGACUACGAUGAUGGGGCUGGUGCUUCACCCCAAUCAGGCUUCCUGCCGACGGAUGCGACCACCUCUCCCCCGAUCCACGUGCAUCGUAUCAUUCUCCAGCUUCGUUGGCCGCAUUUCAAACGGCUAUAUGCUGCACAAAUGGCAGAAUACCACUCCAAAAGGAUGCACAUCCCGGAACCUUACUCCGUUGUCCGUGCGUUUCUCUAUUACCUGUACACGGACAGUAUUGCCGGUCAUCCGGAAUACUGUUCGAGCAUCAUCGAUGUGGCGGGGAUGCUUGUGAUGGCCAACCUCUACGACAUGCCGAAACUCCGACUGCUGUGCGUCAACCGGCUGAGUCGCGAGCUGGAUGUGGAGAAUGCCGCCAUCAUCUGGGAGCGGGCGGGACGGACAAAUGAAGAGUGGCUGAUGCGUAGGGCGGCGCAGUUCUGCCUCAGCCACUGGGGCCGGGUGGUGCGGACCGAUGGGUUCAAAACGCUCAGUCGCCAGAGCUUAAUUGAACUCUGCGAGGUGGUGGACAUGGAAGGCCGGAUCGUUGCUGGCCCGGAGCUGGAGCUGGUGGGCGCCUUCGGAACCGAGGCCCUGGGCGGCCGAGACGCGAAACGGUCGCAGCUGGCGCUUGGCGGGCCCUUGGCAGACGAGGCGGAAGAAGUCGAAGGGGAUGAAAUGGAGGGGAUGGAGAUGUCAUGA